GCACUAUAGACUGUCUUUUAUUUUUAUUUUUUAUAUGUGAGAUUUGACUGGACACUGAGAAAACUUAUGUGGGUAAGGAAGCAAGUGUUGAAACGGGAUCAGGUUAGCAGUUGAUACUGUUUGGAUUUUUUAUAUUUUAUGGGCGCUUAGUUGAUCUGCAUUUCUCUAAUGCCAUGCUGUUUUGAGAUUUUUUGGCAGCAAUGCUGUUGAUGAAAAUGUCCAUAUUUUUUUUUUCAAAGUGAGCUAUUGUGUUUGAGUGUUUGAAGCUGUGAUUUAUUGGCCUUCUGAUGCAAAAGCUGGUUUUAUUAGGUGAUUCUGGUGUUGGUAAAAGCUGUAUUGUUCUUCGCUUUGUUCGUGGCCAGUUUGAUCCAACAUCCAAGGUAACUAUUGGAGCUUCAUUUUUGUCACAAACAAUAGCUUUACAGGAUUCUACAACAAUUAAAUUUGAGAUAUGGGAUACUGCUGGACAAGAAAGGUAUGCCGCACUAGCACCACUAUAUUACAGAGGUGCUGCAGUUGCAGUUAUUGUGUAUGAUAUAACAAGCCCAGAGACAUUCAACAAAGCACAGUAUUGGGUUAAGGAGCUAAAAAAACACGGGAGCCCUGAUAUAGUCAUGGCGUUAGUAGGUAACAAGGCUGAUCUUCAUGAGAAGCGAGAAGUACCCGCUCAAGAUGGCAUUGAAUAUGCGGAGAAGAAUGGGAUGUUCUUUAUUGAGACAUCUGCAAAAACUGCAGAUAAUAUAAAUCAACUGUUUGAGGAAAUUGGUAAGCGACUCCCACGCCCUUCCUCAACAUGACAGUGGACCCUUGAAACUGAAUUAACUAGAUUGCCUCAAAUGUUACAAGAAAACCACUUGCCUGUGUCAACUUUGUGCAUAUCUUGGUAGUUGCUCUAUUCUGUGAUUUGACUGUUACUCAAGUUGAAAAUCUACAUCCCCGGUUAUUAUCAUGAAUAACACAUACAGCGUGUUGACUUGCAGUCCACAAGUUUAUGGUGGACAACUAUGUGAAAGGACUGCAUAACACUGUUACUGAGUGUUUCAAAUGUUGUAGUUUUCGGGUAA